CUGGCCGAGCCCGCCAUUCCCCCCCUUCUUAUACCCCUCUUCUCCUCCCAUCCUUCCCAUUCACCGAUCACUCAUACACCUAACCCUCAUAAUCUUAAUUAUUAGCAGAGAUCUAUCAAUGGCGAAGCUCAACUUCGAUCAAUUGCUACUCGUCGCAAUCAGUAUCACUUGUCUCUUGAUUCAGCCGAGCUCCGCCCAACUCCGGCAGAAUUACUACUCCAAAAUUUGCCCUAAUGUUGAAAGCAUUGUGCGGAACGCCGUCACCCAAAAGUUUCAGCAAACCAUCGUCACCGUUCCCGGAACCCUCCGCCUCUUCUUCCAUGACUGCUUCGUUAACGGCUGUGAUGCAUCGGUGAUGGUGGCAUCGACGGCGAACAAUAAUGCCGAAAAGGACAGUUCGGAUAAUCUCUCACUCGCCGGCGAUGGAUUUGAUACCGUCAUCAAGGCCAAGGCUGCCGUAGAUGCUGUCGCCCAAUGCCGAAAUAAGGUGUCCUGUGCUGAUAUUCUCACCAUGGCCGCCCGCGAUGUCAUCUCCCUGGCCGGCGGACCAUCGUUCGUGGUGGAGCUGGGGAGGCUGGACGGGCUCGUCUCCACGGCGGCGAGCGUCAAUGGUAAACUGCCCCAGCCGAACUUCAACCUUAACCAGCUCAACUCCCUCUUCGCUGCUAAUGGGCUCUCCCAAACGGACAUGAUCGCCCUGUCAGCUGCGCACACACUGGGGUUCUCACACUGCAAUAGAUUUGCGAAUAGAAUCUACGAUUUUGGCGGCCGCAAAGGAGCAAUAGAUCCGAGUUUAAACCAAACGUACGCAAAGCAAUUGCAAGGAAUGUGUCCGCGCAACGUGGAUCCCAACAUAGCAAUCAAUAUGGACCCCAUCACCCCUCGGACAUUCGACAACUUAUACUUCAGCAACCUGCAGCAGCGUAUGGGGCUAUUCACGUCCGACCAAUCCCUCGCCGAUGAUUCUCGGUCUCGCCCCACCGUCGACACGUGGGCCGCCAAUUCCAACGCCUUCAACAAUGCCUUCAUUGCUGCCAUGACUCGCUUGGGUCGUGUCGGCGUCAAGACAAGUACAGCACUGGGAAAUAUUCGCCGGGAUUGUUCGGUCUUUAAUUAACAUAUUUUAUUUUUUGUUUCUAAUUUUUUGAGAUUUGAUUGGGGAAAUAAUAGAUUGAUGUGGGAAUAAGAGGGAGGCUGUGUGUUAGAUUUGGAUGGAGGACGGAAUAAGGGGUUGUUUAAUGAAUAUUUUUUGUAGAGGGAAGUGAUGUGAUGGCAUAUGAAUACCAUAAUGUUA